AUGGGGCGUCGGAGGUAUAUAAUGUGGAGACGAUGGGUGGUGGACAGUGUGGACUGUGACUCCCUGACAAGUGAACACCUUCAGGUCCCCAAGAUGGUCUCCAGGGCUAUAAUGAUUACAUUGGUGGUGUCCGGCUUCGCGGUGGCGGCUCUUGCAAACCCGGAAGCAGUUGCUGGGGUAGCUGCCGGCUACGGCAGAGGGUAUGGCGGAUUUGGCAGUAGUUUAGGCAGUUACAGUGGCUUUGGAGGGUUCCGUGGGAUAUCCGGUGGGUAUGGAGGGUCUGCACGUAGAUAUGGCUACGGCGGUGGCUACGGAAGCGGCUACGGUGGUGGAUAUGGCGGUGGCUACGGUGGUGGAUAUGGCGGUGGCUACGGUGGUGGAUAUGGCGGUGGCUACGGAAGCAGCUACGGUGGUGGAUAUGGUGGUGGCUACGGUAGCAGCUACGGUGGUGGAUAUGGCGGUGGCUAUGGAAGCGGCUAUGGUGGUGUCUCUGGAGGUUACGGAUAUGGAAGCGGAUAUGGUGGUGUCUCUGGAGGUCACGGAUAUGGCCGCUAA